AUGGUGGAAUUUGAUAUGUCUGAUCUUGGAAUGAUGCACUAUUUUUUUGGUAUUGAAGUGAUUCAGUCUGCUGCUGGUAAUUUUAUUUCUCAAAAGAAGUAUGUGCAAGAAAUUUUAGACAGAUUUCAAAUGAAGAACUGCAAUUCUAUUAGUACACCAACUGAAGUGGAUCUGAAGCUCAUGAAAGAUUCUGAAGGAAAAAAGGUUGACAACACUCUUUUUAAGCAAAUUGUGGGAAGUUUGAUGUACUUGACAGCAACAAGGCCAGAUAUCAUGUAUGCUGUGAGUCUCAUUAGUAGGUACAUGGAGCGUCCAAAAGAAAUACAUCUUCUAGCAGCCAAGAGAAUCUUUCAAUACUUGCAAGGAACCGCUGAGUAUGGGUUGUUCUACAAGAAGGGUGAAAAGUCAGAUUUGUUUGGUUUUACAGACAGUGACUAUGCAGGUGAUCUUGAUGAUAGAAAGAGUACGUCUGGUUAUGUAUUCAUGAUGGGUUCAGCAGUUGUUUCCUGGUGUUCAAAGAAGCAACCAAUUGUUACUUUAUCAACAACUGAAGUUGAGUUUGUGGCUGCAACUGCAUGUGCUUGUCAAGCUAUUUGGUUGAGAAAAAUUCGUGAGGAGCUGCACUUCAAGCAACGAGAACCUACUCCAAUUUUUUGUGACAAUACCUCAGCAAUCAAACUCUCUAAAAAUCAUGUUCUUUCCUUUGAAUUAUUCGGGUGA